AUCCACAUUGCCGUCAAUGGUUGCUGCCAUGGGGAGCUUGGACAGAUUUACGCGGAGGUGAUGCGCCGGCCGCAGCGUGUGGAGCUCCUCGUGAUUUGCGGUGAUUUCCAGGCGCUCCGGAACCGUGCGGAUCUCGCGUCGAUGGCGGUUCCAGACAAGUACAAGCAGGAGGGGGACUUCUAUCAGUACUACGACGGGACGUUGAUGGCGCCGAUACCCACGAUUCUCAUUGGUGGGAACCACGAGUCGUCGCGAUUCUUGAAGGAGUUGCCGCACGGGGGCUGGGUCGCGCCCAACAUCUACUACAUGGGUUACACAAACGUGGUCUGGUACAGGGGUGUGCGGAUCGGGGGCAUCUCGGGGAUCUUCAAUGAGCACAAUUUCAUGGCGGACCGGGACAUUUCACAGCGCUUUUCACCGAGGGAGCUUCGCUCUGUGUACCAUGUCCGGCGCUCGGAUUUUCUAGCGAUGCUCUUGUUGCGGAACUCAGUGCUAGACGUGAUGCUCAGCCACGACUGGCCGCAAGGAAUCGAGCAUUUCGGGAACUUGCGCGCUUUGUUGAGAACCAAACCGUAUUUCAAGAAGGAUAUUGAGACUGGGAAGCUCGGGAAUCCGGCUUUGCGCGCGUUGAUGGAGGAGUUGCGGCCGAAGUUUUGGUUCGCGGCCCAUUUGCAUGUGUAUUAUGAGGCUGUUUAUCACCAUUCUUUGGGGGAAAAUGAGAAAAAAAAUGAAACAGACAUUAGCAAUGGAGAAAGCGGAAAUGGGAUUGAAAAGAAGAGAAGGAGGUCGGAUGCGAGUGGGAUAAACAACAGAGAUGAAAUUCAAUUGGAUUUUGAUACCAAUGAAGUUAUACUGGACAUGGGUUGUAACUCGGAUGAGGAACCUUCUAUGCCAUCCCUGAACUAUGAAAAUAAUCCAUCAGAUAAAAAACCUUCAUCACCCCGCUCCACCCAGUUCUAUGCUCUUGAUAAGGUGCUCCCCCGUCGCACCUUCCUUAAGAAUAUGGACAUUCCCAUCUGCAAUAAGACCCAUGUCUCCUAUCAGAGUGAUUCGUUCCAACUCUACUAUGACACAGAAUACAUUGCCAUUUUGCGUUUCCUCCAGCGUUUU